AUGUCCAGCCUCAUGGCUUUUUUUGAAGAAAAUAUCCGUUAUGAGUUAUUAUUUUUAACAUGGGCUCUAUACUUUUGGGAACUCUAUCUGAAUUUGCGUCAGAGAAAAUUGUUACAACGAUUAGUCAACAUACCUGGGAAUGUAAAAGAUAUUAUGACCAAGGAUGUGUACGACAAAGCACGUCUUUAUGCUUUGGAUAGAAACAAUUACAAUUUAGUUCAAAAUUUAUAUUCCCAAUGUUUUAAUUCUAUACUUCUAUUAUUCUUUGCGUUUUAUUACUAUUGGGAAUGGAGUAUCCAGUUAGCAAAAUACUUUGGUCUUGAUCACGGAAACGAAAUAGUUGUCAGCGCUGUAUGUGUAUUUCUUAAAAUUAUCAUUUCUGAAAUUAUUGAUUUACCUUUAAGUAUAUAUGACACAUUUGUAUUGGAAGAGAAGCACGGAUUUAACAAACAGAAACCAUUAUUCUUUGUAAAAGAUCAAUUGCUAAAAGUGCUUGUAUUAGAAAUAAUUGUGGUACCUCUUAUGUCUGGAGUAAUAUGGAUUGUUAUGAAUGGUGGUGAUUACUUCUUCUUUUAUUUAUGGGCAUUUUCUGUCAUUGUAACUUUAUUUAUGAUGAUCAUAUAUCCGGAAGUAAUAGCACCACUGUUCGAUAAGUAUACUCCUUUGCCAGAAGGAGAUUUAAAGCAAAAGAUUGAAGCACUUGCUGCUUCUCUAAAGUUUCCUUUGUACAAGCUAUAUCUUGUCGAGGGAUCCAAAAGGUCUUCGCAUAGUAACGCUUAUUUGUAUGGUUUUUAUAAACACAAAAGAAUUGUGUUAUUUGAUACUCUUGUGAAAGAAUAUUACAAACCAGAUAAAGAUGAUGCUAAUAAAGAUAUUGGUUGCGAGACAGACGAGGUAUUGGGUGUACUUGCUCACGAGUUGGCUCAUUGGAAGUAUAAUCAUACUUUAAAAGGAUUUUUAUUAUCACAGAUCAAUUUCGUCAUAACAUUUGUAGCAUUUGCUAAAUUAAUGGAUUAUACGCCAAUGUUCGUUGGAUUUGGUUUUGAGAAUUCACAACCAAUCCUCAUUGGAUUUAUCAUUGUGACCAAAUAUAUUUUGUUCCCACUCAAUACGAUAAUGCAAUUUAUAUCAAUGGUUAUUAUGAGAAGAUUUGAAUUUCAAGCGGAUAAAAUGGCUGUUGAAUUAGGAUAUAGCGAACCAUUGAAGAAUGGAUUGAUUAAACUACAGAAAGAUAAUCUAAGUUAUCCUUUAUAUGAUAAAUUGUAUUCUGCUUGGAAUCAUAGUCAUCCACCUAUUCUUGAGCGACUUAGUGCUAUAGAUAAGGAAGAUUAAUAUUAAAAAGAUAAAAUUUAACAGAUGAAGAGUAGAAGUGAAUUUUAUUCAACUGGUAAUUAUGAAAAAGGUGACUAAUAGUAUAUACCUUAUACUGUAUACGUGUGAUUAUAAAUAUACUACAAAUGCUUCCUUUUAAUUAAAAAGUAAAUGAAAAGUAUUGUAUUUGUAGUAAGAUUAGUUUCUGUUAAAGACAAUUUUUUAAAGAAUCAUUAUCGCCAUACUAUUCAAAGUCUACAAAUUAAUAAGUUGCAUUUAGAAACGUAUUUAAAAAGUUAUUGUCAUUAAUAGAAGGUACACAUCUUCAUUGUAUAUUAUAUAAUUAAUCUGAUAUUAUGUUAUACAGCAUAUACACUAUAUAUACAUUUUGUAAGUUUAUCGCACAAGUGAUUUAUCUUUUACAAAAUUUGUGUGUAUAUAGGUGUAUGUACUUCUUUAGAUAAGUACUUAUGUUUUUCAUGUGUUUUGUCAUUUUUUUAAAUUUAUAAGAUACAAAUGAAAACUUUUUAAUAAAAUGUGAAAUAUAAACGGAUUU